UUGGUAUAUAAGAGACCGGUAGCAUUGUAUCAGCUAUUCUAUUCUAUGAUGGUUAUUUCCGAAUUAAUUCUUCCUUUCCCCCGUAAUCCUUAUGAAAAUAAUACAAUCUUUAUAGAUAGCGAAAUCAUUAUGCCUCCUCAACAAAAUUUUAUAUUAGGGUUUGCUUAUGUCCUGUAUAUACUAUUUAUUUUUCUUUUACUAUUCUUCUAUCAGGCUCGAAAUGGUUUCUUUAAUCGCACUAAUAUAAAUGAAGCUGUUCGUCUUUCAAGGGUAUAA